GUAAAACAAGACAAUAAUACAGGGAUAUGAUGUUGUGGUGACCAUGUCCACUUUCAAUAUACAGUCCAUUGCUGUGGGCGACCCUUCCACUUUGGAGUCCCUCGAUCCUGUGUUCUUCAGAUGUUCUCGUGACCAUGCCACAAUACAUUCCUCCUUGACCAAGCUGAAGGGGGAGCUUGAGCUUAUUGCUGUUCCCAUAAAUCGCAAUGCUGCUCAGGCCCCAGGGGAACUUCAUAGAUAAGCAGAGGCCAGAGGAUUCACACUAUGCAGCUGAUUCCGCUUUGCUGUUUCUUCAAUAUUGUAUUAUGUGACUGAAAAUCAACACUUCCUGCUGAUAUAUUUCCAUAUUUAAAGUCCUACAGUGGCUCUUAGUUUUUUAUAUGAAACUGCUACAGGUGGUGGGCCUUUUGCAGGACAGUAAAUCCACUGUUACAGCCGCCCUUGCAGCCCGUCCAAAUGUCACGGCAUUCGCUUACUUCAGCAGUGCGGUCAAUCCCAUUUUAUACGUGUUUGCUAGCAGCUCCCACAUCUGCCAGGACGGCUUCAGCUUCAUGGGCAAGCUCUUCGAGGCCACCAACUCGGAGAAAAGGACCACGUCUACCUUCCCCCGGACCGGACACAUUAACCGCAGAUGCUCUACACCGGACGAGCGCUCCGCCCUGAACACCCUGUCGAUGAAACUGGGGAGGCUGUUCAAAAGCAAGGAAAAGGACAUGAGUGGUGGGGUGGCGGGAAAAGAGGCGGACGAGCUUGAACUCAGGACACUGGCCAUCCAACUAAACUGAUUACACUGUGUUGACUCAUGAGUUGAAUUGUAAGAGAUUUUUCUUACAUAACUUUUAUAUCAGGAAAUAUUCAAACAACUAUUGUAUGUAUUUCCUUGUAAGCACUAUCAUAUCAUCAUUUCAUUUCAUUUAUUCGUUUAUUUGAAGAGGAACAAUGCACAUUGAUGAACAUCUUUAACAAUUAAUGCUUCAAAAUGUAAAUAUGCCGGAUUUUAGCAUUUAGCUAAUUUCCAUCCGUAGUCCCUCACAUACAACAUUUAAGAACAUGACAUUCAUAUACAUAGCAAAAAUAAAUACAUGGUAUGCAGAAAGAGCAUGUGCAGCAUAUACAAGCAUUAACCACAUGGCAGUACAAUGUAGCAGCUACGACGUAUAACGUGCAAGAGAAGAUAAAAGAGCUACCGAACGUGCAAAAGGAGAUACCCCUGUAUUAAAGUGCAUUUAGCGGUGAUUGCACGUUU